UGCAGAAAUACUCUUGGCAUUAAUAAAAAAUAUUUUAAUAAUUGGCAUUUAUACAUCAUCUUAUCACCCACAUACUCGUGUUAAGAUAGGGUGAGAUAAGACAGUUGAUGAAGGUCUUCUUUUACUGGAAAUUUUUGAAGUUCCCUUCCGCUAUAUAUACCGUCUUUCCCAUCUCCGACGGACAGAAGUACUUUUGAUUUCGACCGAAAAGAAACGCCCAACAAUGCAGGGACUGCCAACAAUUUACGAUGCGAAGGACCGUAUCUGGAGUGGAGCCAAGCGGGCCAACACCUACACCGAUGAGACAUCCAUUGGUAGUGUAAUUUGCAAAGGGAUGAGGAACUGGCCCAGAAACGUUUGUCAGAUAAUCGAUGUGGAUGGUGUGGAAAUGACCUUUGGGCAGGGAAUCACUUGGGCCAUUCGGAUUGCCCAGAUCCUGAAGAAAAAAGGACUCAAGCAUCCAGAUGUAAUUGGGAUUGCGGCCAAAAACUCAACAUACGUAACUCCUGUAGCUGUGGCCUGCCUUUUAAAUGGAACACCCUUCCACGCGGUUAAUCCCGUGUCGGACGAAGCCACUUUGACACACAUUUUCUCGAUAACGAAACCAACUGUGAUUUUCUGCGAUGGUCAGGACCACGAGAAACUCCGUGUUGCAGCUAAAGGAUGGCAGCCAGAGAUUUUCACGAUUACUGACUCUGUUGAAGGAGUGCCCCAUAUCGAUACCUUUCUGGAGCCAACUACCACAGAAAUGUUUUACCAGCCAGAACCUCUGAGGGAAGGAGGUAAACAGACCGUGGCCAUCCUCUGCUCUUCGGGAACCACUGGCUUACCCAAGGCUGUCUGCAUUUCCAACAGAGCUCUCUUCUCGGCCACCGAUAUGAUGAACAGCGAAGUGGUCGUAUUUGCCGCUAGUGGUCUGGAUUGGUACAGUGGCCUAAGGUUAUUUAUCUGGAGCACUGUGGUGGGCUGCACCCGGAUUAUAACUAACAAACCAUUUUCACCGAAAUACUUUGUAAAGCUUGUUGAAAAGUACAGGAUCAACACAGUUAUAUUGCCUCCUCGCCAUAUGUCUAGUCUGAUCGCAUUUCCCGGGGCGACGAAAGAAGCCUUGGCGUCCCUUCGCAGCGUGACGUAUGGAGGCGGAUUUACGUCCAUGGCCACAUUGAAGAAAAUGCAAGAGCUCUGUCCAAAUGCAAAGUUGGUUUCAGUAUACGCAUUGACUGAGGUAGGAGUUGUAUCCUAUAAUAUCGGACUCGGAAACGUCAACACUGCAGGCAAGCUGCGUUCGGGCAUAAAGAUUCGGAUCGUGGACGAUGAUGGCAAGAGCCUGGGUUACAACGAGCAGGGAGAGAUCUAUGUGCACACGGGCCUUCCCUGGAAAGGAUACUAUGGUAACCCAGUGGAGACUCAACGAACUCAGGACGACAAAGGAUGGGUUCAUACCGGCGAUCUAGGCUACUUCGAUGAGCAGAACCAGCUCUAUGUGGUGGACCGCAAAAAGGAGGUCCUCAAGUACCAGGGAAUCCACUACUGGCCCUCUGAGAUCGAGGGCGUCAUCUCAGAGUUGCCCAACGUGGAGGAAGUUUGCGUCAUCAGCAUCUAUGAUGAGCAGCAGGGCGAUGCUGCUGGUGCACUGGUGGUGAAGCGUAGUGGUUCCUCAAUUACCGCCAAGGAGAUUUCUGAUCAUGUGGCCAGGAGGCUUCCCUCCAUUCAAAAGCAGCUUCAUGCUGGCGUCCAGUUUACGGAUAAGCUACCAGCCAAUCCAAAUGGAAAGACACUUCGACGAGUGGCGCAAGAGGAAUUCGUUGCGAGAAAGGGUUCUAGGAAAUAAGAAUUCAAUAACACACCUGGUAAAAUUCAAAUAUUCUGGUUUAUACCGAG